AUGGAUGAACCUGAGAUUUCCUUCGACAUUGUCGGGUCAACCGGCAAUAUCUACAAAACUAUCAUCGGGAAGGAGCCAACGUGUGACUGUCCUGAUGGGAAGCGUGGCAAUCAAUGCAAGCACAUUUGCUAUGCUCUUGUAUAUGCUCUGAAAGCUCCAAGAGAAUUACAAUACCAGCUCGCAUUCUUAACCACGGAACUUCAUGAAAUCUUGAAAGGCUCUCCUCUGAAUCGAAUCCAGACCGUCUCUGUUGAUCCCACCGAUGGCAAGCAGAAGCCCAUCGAAGGCGACUGCCCCAUCUGCUUCAUGGAGUUUGAACCCAAUGAGAAAGUUGUCUGGUGCAAAUCUGCCUGUGGCAACAAUAUCCACAAGGCCUGCUUCGAUCAAUGGGCAGUCACGACGCGAAAGUCAGGCGUGCGCUGCGUGUACUGUCGUACACCCUGGAAGGCCGACAAACCUGAUAUCGACAUUGAGACAAUCCGAAAGAGCGGCAGUGUUGGCGAGGACGGAUAUUUCAAUGUGGCGUCGCAAUUCGGAUUGUCUACUCAGCGCGGUAUGAGUCCUCCUUUGUAUUCUGACCCCAGUCCGUCCAUCAAUUUGCCUCUUGCUAACACUCACGUUAAUGAGUAG